AUGCGCGUCGCUGAGUUUGCACAGCAAGUGCAGCAUCAUGUCGUGCGCGAAGACGGAUCGGGGCUUGCAAAAUUAUUCUCUAUGCAUGCACCGUCAACGCGGCGAUGCUUUGCGACGAUCGCGAAUCCCAGCGCCUCUACUGUCCACUCGUUGCUGCCGCCGCUGCCACCGCCAUGGCCAGACCUGUGCACUCAGUACCUGCGCAGCGGCGCGCUCCUCUUUGGUCCAUCUGGACCUACACGCACCCCUUCCGAGUCAUGGACACUUGCCUGCGAUGCACUCCAAGGCGUCCUCACUGCCUUUCUCCGGUACACUACACAGCUCAGUGCCGGCCGCUGGGUGCUGCCUUUGCUGCUCUCCUUGCUUGGCGAUCUCCGCUGGGUAUCACAGCAUGCAGAUGAUGCAUUAAACGCAGCAACACACGCCGCUACCCCCGACGCACGCCCGAGCCACAAAUACACAGAAGACUGUGCGCGUCAGCUGAACAAGGCCUUCUCUGCGUGCGUCGCGGAUCGAAAUCCGUCGCUCGAUGAGAGCAAGAAGUGGGCGACGUAUGCCUUGGUAGGUAUGCUAUUCCGCCUCUACUUCCAGCUGCACUCGACCGCGCUGUGCAAGAAUGUAUUGCGCGCACUCAGCGCCGCGGACCUGCCGCCCAUGGAUCAAUUUCCCCGCGCCGACCAAACUACGUUCCACUACUACUGUGGCCGUUUGGCCUUUAUGGACGAGCAGUAUGGCAGGGCAGAUGCAGAGCUAUCGCAGGCAUUUUCCGACGCGCCGAAAAGUGCCGUGCACAACUGCGAGCGGAUCCUCUUGUACCUCAUACCCACGCGACUCCUGCUUGGGAUCCGCCCGGCGCGCGCACUUCUUUCCGUCUAUCCGCGCCUGGAAGCACUGUACAAAGCGCUGAUCGAGGCUUGCUGUGAAGGCGCUGUGGCGCGGUACGAUGCACUGAUCGCCGAUCUCCCCACCGAGCGCACGCUCGUACGCCUCGGUGUCUAUCUUGCGUUUGAGCGCGCGCGCGAGCUUUGUGUCGCGCGGCUCUUUUCGCGUGCAUACGCAGUGUCGGGCAAGGAAACGCGCAUGCGCCUUGCAGCGUUCCAGCACGCGCUUGCGUGGCAGGGCGUGCACACGAAUGUGCGCGAGGCCGAGUGGGCGCUUGCGACGCUCGUUGCCAAGGGCCGGAUCAAGGGAUACAUAGCCCACGAGCGCCAAGUGGUGGUGCUCAGUGCCAAGGACCCCUUUCCGGCGCCCACGCUGGCCAUGCUUACAUAG